AUGGGCUCUCUGAAGCAACAUAGCGACGCUGUUCAUUUGUUCAUGAGCGAUUUAGGUAGCCGCGUGGUUGCCAAAUCUGGGAUUGCGUCCGACAAAUAUCACAUUGGAAAACUUAUACUUCAGAGCUUUAAGGAUGCACCGGAUCAUAUUUUGCAGAUUGAUGGCGCAACUGGUGAAUCUGAAACUUUUCAAUCGGCAUUAGAGAGAACAGUUAGAUGUGCGACUGCAUUUCGAGCUUUGGGCUUGAAGACAAACGAUGUUAUAUUAGUGAGCGGUCCAAAUCACAUUGACCUUACAAUACCUAUGUAUGCCGCAUUCUAUUUAGGAAUUAGCGUGGCCUGUAUGGACCCCUUAUUAGGAAUGAAGGAACAACAGGACGCAUUCCAAAUUUGCCUUCCAAAAUUGAUCUUUUGCCAAAGUGAGAAAAAAGAAGAAGCAAAAGAAGCUGCGAAAAACUUAAAUUUAGAAGUUAGAAUCGUGACGUUCGAUAAAGGAACAAACAAUUGCGAUUUCUCUUAUUUUCUUAAAAAGUAUGGAGAUAACAUGCCUGUCGAGAAAUUUGAAGCUGCUAAUUUCGAGCCUGAAGAUACAAUUGCGUUUCUUGUUUCAACUAGCGGCACUACUGGAGUACCCAAAUGUGCCGCACUGACUCAUAAAAACAUAAGCAUUGGUUGGCCUUAUUUUUGGAUUACAUCUUGGAAGUUCCCCACGCCAACCGAAAGGGCUCUAAUCGUAUCUCCUCUCCAGUGGAUCUCAGCCACGAGCAGUUACGUUUUGUCGCCUAUUUUACGAUUCACUCGAGUACAAAGUUCACUGCCCUCUACAAUGGAGCAUAUGUAUUUCCUAAUCAACAAAUACAAGCCUUCCUUUACUAUGAUCAGUCCCAAUACAAUGACAUCGCUAUUAAAGCCGGGAGAUCGUGACAAAUGUGACUUCAGCUGUUUUAAAAUAAUUUUAUUGGCUGGUAGUGCUGUACAAAAAACACUUUUAGAAACCGUUCAGAAAGUUAUGCCUGAAGUAUCUGCUUACAAUACAUAUGGAUUGACUGAAGCAACAGCAGUUGUAUUCAACCCAGUUUACUCUACACUAAAAUCCUGUGGUGCGCCUCUGGGGAUCUUACAAUAUCGAAUCCAAGUAACAGGACAAGAUAUAAUGGAACCUAACAAACCAGGGGAGCUUUGGGUAAAAGGACCAAUAACUUUUAAGGGAUAUUACAAUAAUUCUAAAGCGACAGCAGAUAUGUAUACCGAAGACAAAUGGAUUAAAUCCGGUGAUAUUCAUUACUUCGAUGAGAACUGCAAAUACUACUUCGUCGACCGAUUAAAAUUGCUCUUAAAGUAUCGUAACCACCAGAUAUCACCGAUAGAGAUUGAAUCCACCAUCCUAAAACAUCCGGGUGUGCUAGACGUCGCAGUCACCGGAAUCGCUGACUAUGAGUGUGGUGAAUUACCGGUUGCAUGUGUUGUGCCCCAUGAAAAUUACCAACUGACUGCCCAAGAAAUAAAGGAUAUGGUUAAAGAAUCGUUGACAGAUACCAAACAACUGAGAGGUGGAGUGAUAUUUAUGAAAGAACUUCCCUUAACUUCCAGUUCCAAAGUGAAUAGGAAUAAACUCAGAGAGAUAGUUCAAAAUAUGAAGACUGAA